GAGACGUGCUCUACCUAGACCUCAAACUGAAGAUGAAGACAUCAGUGUGGAUCACAGUAAUGCUUUUUAAUCUCAGUUCUGCACAGAUAUACGAGAUCACGCAACCGAACCCAAUGAUCUCGGCUGAUGUUGGUGAUAGCGUGAUUCUGCACUGCUUUAAACAGCAAGAGGAAACCACUGGAACCAUCAUUUGGUACAAGCAAAAAGUAGGACACGAGCCUCGUGUGAUGGUCACGGUUCAACACAAACCCAGUUAUGAAGAUGAGUUCAAGUCACCAAGAUUCAGCAUCGAGAGAGAAAAGAGUGGCUGUCAUUUAAAUAUUGCUCACGUGGAAGCUACUGAUGAAGCCAUGUAUUACUGUGGACUGAGAAAGUUUUUGACACAUUUUGGAAAAGGGACAUAUUUAUCAGUCAAAGGAGAUGGAGGUGUAAAAGUAUUAGUGAACCAGAGCAGUGUGUCAGACUCGGUUCCUGCAGGAGCAUCAGUGACUCUGCAGUGUUCGGUUCUCUCUGAGAGCAGAGCAGCAGAACUCCAAGUGCUCUGGUUCAGAGCUGCUCCAUCACAAUCCCAUCCUCAACUCAUUUACACUCAUCACAACAGCAGCCUUCAGUGUGAGAGCGAAUCUUCUACACACACCUGUGUGUACAACUUGUCCAAGAACAUCUUCAGCCUCAAUGAUACUGGUACUUACUACUGCGCUGUGGUCCUGUGUGGGAAGAUCAUUUUCGGGAACGGAACACGAGUACAGCUGAAAAACUCUCUGGAUCCUGCAGUGUUCUUCCUUGCUGUAGCUUCGGGAGUCUGCUUAGUUGUGAUCAUUGUUUAUGUUCUAAGUUGUAAAGCGAGAAACUGUGAACACUGCAGUGGGAGAUCUCAUGCUUCAAUGCUAAAGAAAACCCCAACUCAGAGCCGUGAUGCCAUGAAGCAGAAUUUUGCUGCAACACACAUCAUUAAAGGAAAAGGAAAGAGAGAACGAGCUCAUGAUAAUGUGUAUACUGAAGUGAUUUACUCUACGGUUUCAUAGAUCAUAAAUAUAGAUAUAAAUAUAUGCCAUAUAUAUCUUUUAACUAGCAUGCUCUCCAGUGUGCUAAAGGGAUAAAACCCAAAAUCACUAUCUGUGAGAUUUAUGCAAAUAACAAUAUCAAAUAAAAAAUAUUUCUUUGCAAAUCAUUUAAUAGAUUAAGGAUCUGACGGCUGCACUUCAUUAUAACAAAACAAAUAUCAACAGCAUGAAGAUGAGGAAAGAUAAACAGUUUGCGGAAACCCCACCAAUAGGUUUGAUGGUUAACGAUCCACACAUGUUUGGCCAUUCAGUAUUUGCAUGAUGUCUAUAUUAAAAUACAUCUACUAUUCAACUACUUAACCAAUAUCAGUCAGAUAAAUCAGAAUAAUAAAAAGUUUGGAAAAUAUUCAUAUAUAAUGACAUUUAUUUAAACUUUUCCAAUGAUCUCAACUAAAUUCCCGAUAUUGUUAUAUUGUUUAUAUAACAAUACACAGUAUUAGCACAGGCUACAUAGGCUUCUAGUAAACAAGGUGAUGUCAUAAUUAUGUUUAUUAUCAUGACCAUUUAGAAAGAAUAAAGAAAUGUUAUAAUUAUCAUGUUACUUAUUGUGUUAUAAUUGUAUUUUUCUUUGUAAUUCCAUUUUAUCUUUGAAAGAAUCUCCUAAUAUUGUAGUGAUGUGUCUGGCAACAGUGUUGGUAAUGUGUGGGAUUGGGAUCGCUGUUCAAGCUGUUUUACUCUUCAAUAGAAAAAAAUAGUGUACAAUGCAGAGGUACGAAAUAAAUUUUAUACAUUUGGCAUAAGACUGAAUUUAAAUUCAAUUUAAUUGCAUUGUCAGAUCUUUAUGCAUAAUUAUUCAGGUGUUUUAUAAGAGCACGCUCAGGUACUCUUUCAAUUGCAACAGGAAAUGAUUUGAAGGGAACAAAAAUACUCAACACACUCAAAACAAUAAUUCACGUGUAACUUUGCUUUUAUGUUAUUUAAUCUCAAAUAAAAAUAUAUAACUAGAUAUACAUUUGAUUCAUAUACAUACACAAUUUUAUCUGCACAUAUCGUUAAUGUUUUAUUCGAUUUUAUUUAUCUUUAUAAUUUAGGACCGUGACUCUGUGGAGCUAAAUUAGAAAGAAAAUCCAAAAGAUUGAGAAAAAUUCGGCCGAUCUCAAGACUGUGUUUACUCUGAAGUGAAAUCGUCCAGCAUUACUUAAAAUGUUUUAUUUUAGAUGAAAUUUUAUUUAAUUUUCAGUUUUUCUGCUCAUGAAUAAUGUCUGUAGUCAUGUGUGUGCUGAAUCAUUCAUUACUUUAAACACGGUUUAAUUCUGUGAGUUAAAAAAUGAAAUGAAUAUCUAAUGCCUGGUCUUUUUAAUAUGAUCAGCUCUUCGUAAAACACUUUAAUGAGACUAGUUUUGAUUUGUUUUUCAAUACUGAGCAUCUCGUAUAUCUCACAAAUAAUUUUUGCCCAUUUCUUUGGUAUUCCACAUCAUAUAAUG